AAAGAGGUUGAUAUUGCAGCAACACGUAUUUGUUUUUGAUUUGUGCAUUUUGCUGUCCACUGCUUCUGAUGCACCAAUUCCUUGCAUUCUCCAGCAGAGAUCAUUGUGAGGUUGCUGGUCAGGAGGAUGACAGCUCGAGUGUAUUUCUCGUUGAUUGCUGUUUUGUUGUGUCUGUUUGGAUACUUGAGCAUGACUCAUGCUAUUCAGAGACGAACUGCAGUAAAGCCGGGUCAAUGUCCCCUACCAGAGAAGAUUCCACUGUGUGCUGAAAGUUGUAUCCAUGAUGGCCAGUGUCCUGCCACACAGAAAUGUUGCCCAGUCACUGGUGGCUUUGCAUGCAGUGAACCAUGUGGUCAGGGAAGAGGUCAGGCAAGUUGUCGUGGCCAGGGAGAAGGUCGUGGAAGCGGCCAGGGAGAAGGUCGUGGAAGCGGCCAGGGAGAAGGUCAUGGUGAAGGUCAUGGAAGCGGCCAGGGAGAAGGUCGUGGAAGUGGCCAGGGAGAAGGUCGUGGAAGUGGCCAGGGAGAAGGUCGUGGAAGUGGCCAGGGAGAAGGUCGUGGAAGCGGCCAGGGAGAAGGUCGUGGAAGCGGCCAGGGAGAAGGUCGUGGAAGCGGCCAGGGACAAGGUCGUGGAAGCGGCCAGGGAGAAGGUCAUGGUGAAGGUCACGGAAGCGGCAGCGGCCACGGCCAGGGAGAAGGUCGUGGAAGCGGCCAGGGAGAAGGUCGUGGUGAAGGUCAAGGAAGCGGCCGUGGCCAGGGAAAAGGUCACGGCCAGGGAGAAGGUGGUGGUGAAGGUCACGGAAGCGGCCGGGGCCAGGGAGAAGGUCGUGGUGAAGGUCACGGGAGCGGCCGCGGCCAGGGAACUGGUCCGGGAACUGGAUGUGGUCAAUGUCCGAGAUGUGGUCAAGGAAAUGGUCAUGGGUCUUAA